CGCGCCCAGCAGGCAGGGCUGGGAUUUUCGGGUUAAAUAUUCAAAAUGGCGGACGGAGGAGCAGCGAGUCAAGAUGAGAGUUCAGGAGCAGAUGUAAAAGUGAAUAAUCAGCCAGAAACUACUAAAUGUGCAAUGGAAAGUGGUGACAGGAACACUGGGAUCCAAAUCAAUGGAUUGGAUUUUCAAAGGCCAACUGUGCCAACCACAAGUGCAAUCACCAAUGCACACGCACAAGCCCUCCUCCAACAGCUGACUCUGACCCCGGCCCAACAGCAGCUGUUGCUCCACCAGGCCCAGGCUCAGCUCUUGGCUGCGGCCGUACAGCAUUCAGCCAACCAGCAGAACGGCACUACUGGGGCCAAUAUCUCAGCCUCCGCAGCCACGCCCAUUACCCAGCUACCCUUGUCACAGCCCAUCCAGAUCUCUCCUUUGCAGCAGCAGAAUUUAAGCCUGCCCCAGUUUGUGCUGGUACAACCUGGCCACCCGAUAGCCACACCUCUGCAGCCCGCUCAGUUCAUCAUCUCACAGACACCCCAGGCCCAGCAGAGCAUAUUGCAAGCGCAGAGUCUUCUCACUCAACUACCUCAAAGCCAAGCUAACCCCCUGCCAACGCAGCCGAGCAUCACCCUCGCAACACAGCCUGCAACUCCUACCCGUACCACGGCAGCCACACCCAUUCAGUCGCUGCCCCACAGUCAGACACCGCCCAAACAGCUUGAUACGCCCACUCUGGAGGAGCCAAGUGAUCUGGAGGAACUGGAACAGUUUGCCAAAACCUUCAAACAGAGGCGGAUCAAACUAGGUUUUACACAGGGGGAUGUUGGCCUGGCCAUGGGUAAACUGUACGGAAAUGACUUCAGCCAAACAACUAUUUCUCGCUUUGAGGCCUUGAAUCUGAGCUUUAAGAACAUGUGCAAACUCAAGCCACUGCUGGAAAAGUGGCUUAAUGAUGCAGAGAACCUGACUUCUGACCAGGGGCUGUCCAGUCCCAGUGCCCUUGGCUCUCCAGGCAUGGGCAUUGAGGGGAUCAACCGCAGACGGAAGAAAAGGACAAGUAUUGAGACCAACAUCCGCGUGGCCUUAGAAAAGAGCUUUCUGGAGUCUGGCUUUUUUGCCCUCUUCAAGCAGAACCAAAAACCUACCUCUGAGGAGAUCACUAUGAUCGCUGACCAGCUCAACAUGGAGAAGGAGGUGAUCCGGGUCUGGUUCUGCAACCGCAGGCAGAAGGAGAAGAGGAUAAACCCCCCGAGCACAGGCAGCGUAGGCGGAACCCCCAUCAAAACCAUCUUUACACCCAGUAGCCCUUUGGUGGCCAGCACAGCGAGCCUGGUGAACAGUCCGACUAUAAACACGCCCACCACGCUGACUGUAAAUCCAGUGCCUCUCACCAGCACCAGUGUCUCCAGUUUAUCCUUUACAGGCACGACUGUUGGAGUCACAAACACCGCAUCUGUCAUCUCCACCACACCCAUGAUUUCCACGGUAACCAGCUCUCCAUCACUAAGCCCGUCCCCGACGUCUGUUCAGUCCAGCACCGUGGAGAAUAAAGUCACUACUCAGGCGCAGACCAUCGUCACCCAGGCCCCGUCGUCUAUAGGUAGCACCCUGGGAACUGGCCAGCUCAUGGUGGCCGCCUCCGGUCUAUCCACAGCAUUUCAAGGAGGUGCCCAGUUGCCCACCAGCGCUAGCUUUGCAGCUAUGGCUGCCGCAGCAGGGCUGAAUCCAGGAUUAAUGCCUGCCUCCCACUUUGCUCCAGGUGGGGCUCUGCUUAGUCUGACUCCCGGUGCCCUCAUGAACAACAGCACGCUGGCCACCAUCCAAGCGCUGGCAUCGAGCGGCACAAUCCCAAUAACAACGCUUGAUGGCAGCAACCUGCUAUUUGCCAACACAACUGGCAACAGUGCAUCCAACCUGGUCACCACGCCGCUCUUCCUCAACCCCCAGAACCUGUCGUUGCUCACCAGCAACCCCGUCAGCCUGGUGUCGGCCGGGGCAGGUGGGCUGCAGGUCACCGCCGACGCCCACCACCAGGUCUCCGCGGCCGCCGUGCCUGUGCAAGCCACCACCAUUACCACUGCCUCAAAGGCGCAGUGAGUCCGGCUGCUUCCGGGAUUGACGCCCUGUUUUAUUCAGCCGUGCACUGCUCUCCUUAGACACGGCGAAUUAAAUGGGCAAGGUCAUAUGAAUUUUUUCUCAACGCUUCACUAACAAACACACAUCUGCGACAUUGUAUCGCUUAUCAUUUAAUCCUCUUUUGCUUUCACCCCCUCAAAAAAAAACUCUUUUUAUGAUGCUUGAACAUUUUUUUUCUCCAACAGUAGCCAAAUCGGGACUGUCUCCCCUCAAACCAGGUUGAACAUUUUUCCCCUAAAAUCAUUGAGCUUAAGGGACAGUUUACAUGGUGACACUCCGAGAAUAUGACAAAUUUCAUAUUUGCAUUUAUAUGGUUCCGUCUCCAUUCGAACAAUGUCGCAAUUCCACAUGAAAAGGAUGUAGUAUUCAUGCCAGGCCCUAGUGGGCAGUGCAGAUUUACAAGGCGACAGCCAAUAUUGCACUAAGACAGUAACAACCUCCUCUGCCCGAAAGACAAAAUACCCGCCCACUCCAAGCAAUGGUAUUUUUCUUCUGCUACAAAAGGCACAAAAAUGGAAACAUUAAACUCAUUUAGAUUAAAAAUAUCAUUAAAAACAGUAAAUUAAAGCCGACGUUCGGCCUUGUUCGGUGUUUUUAAUGUCUAGUAGCAGCAGUGCGCACGUCCAAAGUGACAUGUGCGAGUGCUGACGUCAUCGGCGCGACAGCUUUCCAUUGAUAUGGUUGCGGAGUAAGCUCCGCAAUCGAAUUCUUCCACUUUGGAACCCGGAAUCAAAGGUUUGCAUUUUCGCCGACACCAUAUAAAGACGAGGCCAUUCCGCAACACAAUCAUUGUGUCUUGGUGUCGCAGAGUCACCAUGUAAACUGCCCCUCAGGAUUUUACUCCAAACUUAUUGCUAAACUCAUAAUACACAUUAUCACUAAUGGAGAUCACCUUUUUCUUGUUUUUGUUUUUUUGGACAGGCCUAUAACUCAUAUCAAUUUAUUUGAGUUUAUUUUAAUGUGUGUGUGUGUGUG